AUGAAGGAGCAAAAGGUGUUCUUGUCAGUUGGUGGUCCAAGGUUGUUUCCGUUUAAGAAUAGAAGAAAGUUUGCUGUGAGAACUUGGCCUUCUUUGGAAGAGUUAUCACCAACACCUUCUAGGGGAAACAUUGAGGUUGAAGAAGGACCGCUUAGUGAAGAUCAAGGAUUGGAAGAAUCUAAUGAAUACUUUGCUAAUCAUUGGAGUGAUUCAAGUGAUGUCCAAGAGAUUGAUGCAAGUGAAUUUGUUCCAAAGAGCAAGCAUCUUGAAGAGAUUGAAGAUGCACAUUCAAGUGUGUAG